AGGAGGAGGGAGCACAGAGGGAUGGGGGAAGGGGAAGAAGAGCUCGCUUGAGCUUUAUUUAUGCUCCCUUGGCGGAUCGAAUUCAGCUGCUCGGGAACUGCUUUCUCUCCUUUUCCCAUUCCGGGUGCACGGCGAGGAGAAAGUCUCUAUGCAACUCAGCCCCGGCGCGCACUUUGCCAGGUACGUACCGCCGGCGAGGCGCGUUUGGCGCCGAGGCAGAUGCUGCUGCCGCCGCGCUGGCGGCGGCUGCCAGCUCCUGGGCUCUGUAACUGUCACACUGCACCUGAGCUGAACUUGAAAAGAGAGUGAAGGGGCGACUGGGCAAACGCUUCUGGCAGACACAGGGGGGUGCUUAUAGACGUGGGGGAGGAGGAUCUAUAUUAACGCCCCCACUGUGUCCGCCGCACAUCACCUACUUCUCAGCAAAUACGGCCAGAGGGAUAGAGGCGGUGACCGGACUCCCAAAGAAAGACCUGGGGCAGCGGCUGUGACCGCAUCUCGGAAGCUACAACAGGUCGUCUUUUUGAGACUCCUUUGGCGGGAAGGGGCACUUGGAAAGGGAUGUGUUAAAGGAUCGAAAGGGGAAGAUAGGAGGGUUUCCUAGUUCAUCAAAAAAAUAUCACCGGGUGACUGUCCUUCGUCUUUUCCUCUCUCCUACACGACACAUUCUGACCUCUGAUAAUCAAGAUUGUGUCCAGGGAGAAAUCAGAGACACCUGUUUGAAGAAACUGCUGCAUCUAAAGUCACUUGUGUGCUUAUUUAUGCCAGGGGUGGCUGGGUCCAGUUGCGGGAAGAGGUUUGGUAAGGUUCUGUCGGUGGUGAUUGUUAGGACAUUGUAUCUUUGCUGCUGUUACUCCUAAAUACCUGUCUUUGAGAGAUAGUUGCUCUUCUGAGAACUGUGACUUCACCAGGAGUCCUAUCUUGGAAUAAGAGUGAUACCUCUGGACCACAUUUCUCAGCAGUGUUUUGUUUGGUUGGAGACAGUGAGUGCCUGUAGCUACUUUGACCCACUGUAGAAGCUUGGUUGCCCUCUCCUAGCCUCCACGCCAAGGAACCAUGGCAGCUGGUGUGGCAGCAUGGCUGCCCUUUGCAAGGGCAGCAGCCAUUGGGUGGAUGCCUGUGGCCUCCGGGCCCAUGCCAGCUCCCCCGAGGCAGGAGAGGAAAAGGACUCAAGAUGCUCUAAUUGUGCUGAAUGUAAGUGGCACCCGUUUCCAAACAUGGCAGGACACCCUGGAACGUUAUCCAGACACUCUUCUGGGCAGCUCUGAGAGGGACUUUUUCUACCAUCCAGAGACUCAGCAGUAUUUUUUUGACCGUGACCCAGACAUCUUCCGUCACAUCCUGAAUUUCUACCGCACUGGGAAGCUUCACUAUCCCCGCCAUGAGUGCAUCUCUGCUUAUGAUGAAGAAUUGGCCUUCUUUGGCCUCAUCCCGGAAAUUAUUGGCGACUGCUGUUAUGAGGAGUACAAGGACCGCAGGAGGGAGAACGCCGAGCGGCUGCAGGACGAUGCUGAUACUGACAACGCAGGAGAGAGUGCCCUGCCGACUAUGACGGCUCGGCAGAGGGUCUGGCGGGCAUUUGAGAACCCCCACACCAGCACAAUGGCCCUGGUGUUCUACUAUGUUACUGGGUUCUUCAUUGCUGUCUCAGUCAUCGCCAAUGUGGUAGAAACAGUGCCAUGUGGGUCUAGCCCGGGUCACAUUAAAGAACUGCCCUGUGGCGAGCGGUAUGCGGUGGCCUUUUUCUGUUUGGAUACAGCCUGCGUCAUGAUCUUCACAGUUGAGUACUUGCUUCGCCUGGCUGCAGCACCUAGUCGUUACCGUUUUGUGCGUAGCGUCAUGAGUAUAAUCGACGUGGUGGCCAUCCUGCCUUAUUACAUUGGGCUGGUGAUGACGGACAAUGAGGAUGUCAGUGGAGCCUUUGUCACACUGCGAGUCUUCCGGGUCUUCCGGAUCUUUAAGUUUUCCCGCCACUCGCAAGGCCUGCGCAUCCUGGGGUACACACUGAAGAGUUGUGCCUCAGAAUUGGGCUUCUUGCUCUUUUCGCUCACCAUGGCUAUCAUCAUUUUCGCUACGGUUAUGUUUUACGCAGAGAAGGGGUCUUCGGCCAGUAAGUUCACCAGCAUCCCUGCUGCCUUCUGGUACACCAUCGUCACCAUGACAACACUAGGGUAUGGUGACAUGGUACCAAAAACCAUAGCUGGGAAGAUUUUUGGUUCCAUCUGUUCACUGAGUGGGGUCUUGGUCAUUGCUCUACCUGUACCAGUGAUCGUGUCCAACUUCAGUCGGAUCUACCACCAAAAUCAACGAGCAGACAAACGGAGGGCCCAAAAGAAAGCUAGACUUGCUAGGAUCCGGGCAGCCAAAAGUGGAAGUGCAAAUGCUUACAUGCAAAGCAAACGGAAUGGUUUACUCAGCAAUCAGCUACAGUCCUCGGAGGACGAGCAGGCCUUUGUUAGCAAAUCUGGCUCCAGCUUUGAAACUCAGCACCACCACCUGCUUCACUGCCUGGAAAAAACCACGAAUCAUGAGUUUGUGGAUGAGCAAGUCUUUGAAGAAAGCUGCAUGGAAGUUGCAACUGUCAAUCGUCCUUCAAGUCACAGUCCCUCGCUCUCCUCACAACAAGGAAUCACCAGCACUUGCUGUUCACGACGACACAAAGAAACUUUCCGCAUCCCAAAUGCUAACGUAUCAGGGAGCCACCGAGGCAGUGUGCAAGAACUCAGUACAAUUCAGAUCAGGUGUGUGGAGAGAACACCACUGUCUAACAGCCGAUCCAGCUUAAAUGCCAAAAUGGAAGAGUGUGUUAAACUAAACUGUGAACAACCUUAUGUGACUACAGCAAUAAUAAGCAUCCCAACACCUCCAGUAACCACACCAGAAGGAGAUGAUAGGCCGGAAUCUCCUGAGUACUCAGGAGGAAAUAUCGUCCGAGUGUCUGCUUUGUAAGACAAUUGGAACAAAGUCUAAGAGAAUUUGAGCCCUGGCUGUGAAAAGAAUCCUAAUAAGGAAGAAAGAAGAAACAAUAAAGACUUUUGCAGAUUAAAUUGGCAAUGCAAGAAGGUUGGUAGUGAAACAAAAACAUAGCUCCCAACUUGAGGAUGUCAAUAAGACCACCGAAUGGCAUUUCUAGACAGGGUUUGACCUGUUAUACAGUGGAAUAUUCUGUGGCCCUUUGACUUUGUGAAUGAGCACAAUGAAAUGCCACCUAUUGAUGCUUCUUAUGAUCAGAACUCUUUUUUAAUAAAAUAAAUCUUUGAACAUAAUGUUCCAGUUGAAUGCAAAAGAGAAAAAUAUGGAAAACAUUUUGAUAAAUUUUUCCUGUUAAAACCAUGAACAAUGGCCAUGAUGAAGAUUAUUACAUGUAUUAAAAAAAAGUAACUCAUACAACACAUUUGUAUUGACUGAAGGAAAUACCAUCAUAAUGCAUGCUAGAAUUCUUUGGAGCAGUGAUCUCAGUUUCCUUAUGUUGUCUUCAGAAUAGGCAUGAUAAACUAUAACUGUAGAAAGAAGGGAUUUCUGUGCACUUACAACAAGCUGACUGUUCAUGUUCCAUGGUGGGCUGUGCAAAUAAACUCCUUUUAGAACUGCAGUAUUUCUCACGGGGAUGCUCAUUAGUAAAGCUAGAGUGUUCAGAUAGUUCAGUAUUAAUUAUUGUUUCACCUUGUACCUAGAUACUGUUACAACUGCAAUAAUUCAUUGUAUACCUGUUGUAUCAGGAAUCAGGAUUUUUUUGUUGUUGUUCUUUCCAGAUCUUCAUAGAUACAAUAAGAGCCACAUUCAUAGAAAAACUUCUGGUGUGGCCAGAUUUUAGGUAACUUUUUAAACAAAAUCUAUUGUGCCAUAAAUGUUUUUCAGUAAUAUCCUUUGGUCCACUGUAUUCCCAUGACACAGUGCAUCAUCUGUUCCUGUAUUUCUAUAACACCUUUCUAUUGGGUUUAUCCUCAUCAUCUGGAUAAACCUUUUGUAGUUCAAAUGACUUUCCUACUUUUGUAUUUCAGAACAAAUAAUCCUGUAAGUAGACUAUUGUCAUCAAUCUCCUUGUCAAAAAUUAAGAAAAAAAAAAAGGAGUUGACAUCUAUGAAUUAUCUCUAACCUCUUUGCUGAUAUGGAAAAGCCCAGUGGACAUAUCACUAGAUGUUUCAUGAAAAGAGUUGGCUGGGACUAAUAUCACAGGAUCAAUGAUCCCAGAAUUUACUUGAUGUAUUAUUUAUUUUGCUUUAGAUCUUGAAUACAUUUUGAGAAUAACUAAUGUGAAUUGAAAUGCAGAAAUAAACUGGAGUGCUUUAUGUAGCAAUACUUGAUGAAAGCAUGCUUUCUACACCAUUCAGAAGGCAGAACAAAUUUAUCUCAGAAAGGUUCCUAUAUGUUGCAAGGAGCAAUUUCUCUACUGAAUCAGGAAGUCAGGAUUUUGAUGAUGCAAAGUGGAUCUCUAUGUGCAUUUGAGUGAAAAGUCUGUAUACCUUUUCACCUUUAAAAAUACAUCAGCAGACAUGUCUGCACGUGACAGUGUAAAAAGUUUAAUGUCAAAUGAAAAGUCUUGUUCAUUCCAAGCCACCUCUAUAAGAAAUAAUAAAGUUUAGCUUCUGUACACGAAAAGUUAAUAAUUACCCCUCUAUUAUAGAGAUUUUAAAAUGCUUAUCAUGAAAAAAGAAUUAAUCAAACCAUUUUGAAACAAAGCCAGAUUUCUCCUUGCUUCCCACUUCUAGAAUAGCUUCUAGAACAGUGCUGUGCACACAGUAGAUGCUCGAUAAACAUCUGCUGAGCGAAAGCAAGAUAAACUCAUCUAUCCCUUGGGAAGAACUGGCUUUAUUCCUAGUAUGUCUUUUUAAAAGUUACUAAUCUUCCAGCAGUGUGAAUAUUAACAAUUAUUAACACCUGCCUCAUGUCACUUUAUGCUUCUAGAGCAAAUGCAUAGUGAAACUUCUUUGACGGCAUUUAUCAAAAAGUUUUUUAAAAAGUAGGCUAAGGAAACCACAAUGCAGGAAUACUUAGGUAUUUUGAUUUCCAAUGAGAAGUUUUAUUUUCAUGUUCUUAAUAUUACAUAAAAGAAAAUGCAGUUAGAUUUUGAAUUGACAAUUCUGCCUCCUCUUUCAGCUUAUCAUUUAUCCAAAACUAUUAAUUUCUUUAGAAUUUUGAAAAAAAAAUCUUUUUGGUGUUUUAGGUGAUUUAAAAAUAUACUGUGUUGGUGGUGAAUGACUAUUGAUGACUCUGUUAAGUGCAUAUGUAUUGUAAGUGAAAUGUAAUUAUUUCUGUGUACCAUAUGGAGUAACCAAGGUCAUUGUUUCUGACAAUUUUGUUUGAAAUUCAUAUAUCUUAUUUCAAAGGAUAGCAUUAUGCUGGGAAAAAAUAGACCUUUGGAGAAUAAUUAAAUAAAACAUGUGCAUGCUUGAACAGGACAAAAUGA